GUUUUCUUUUGGUUUAUAAUACGAGCAAAAGACUAUCUUCAUGUUUUUUCACCUUCUCUUUCUAAUCUAAUAUUAUAAUUGAGUAAUUGGCUCACAUUAUCUUUCUCUUUCUUUCUUUUACAAAUUCUCUCCCACCCUUUAAGCAAAGGACCCGACUUUCACUUUAUUUAAUUCUCUUUGGCUCUCUUCUUUCUUUCUUUUUGGUUGCUGCUUCUGGGUUUCUGUGCAUUCAUUGAGAUCUAUCAUCAAAAUAUGGUUUUUUCCCGAGACACUUGUACUUAUUCUAAGAGCCCACAACAGAAUGCUCUAAACACUAUUAUUGUUACAGAUCACUGCUGUGACUACAAACACCAUAAUGAGCUCAAGAUUAGAAAAGCCUUGAGAAAGAUGAUUUGGGAUUUCGGUUUAUCUUGUUUUUUGCCUCUUCUUCGUGACAAAGACAAGAAUGGAAAUAGCAACAGUAAUAAAGGUGACAACGUGGAGCAUAACAAGGCGUGGUUGCUUGCUGAGUCUAGUGGCUGUGGAGGAGCAGAGUUGACAAAUAAUGAUCUACAAUCUGUUCACUCUUCUUUCAGGUUCAGUUUCUGCUCUCAGGUUGAGCUUGAGUCCAUGAAUAUGAGCUCUCCCGUUUCUGCCACUGUGUUAAUGGUGAAUUUGGACAAUGGGUUAUUUGACACGCACACUCAAGACCAACUCAAACGGAGAAGGAUUCAGUCUCUUGAGAGGAGUAUAUCUCCAGUGGCUAAUUCUUUGAGAAGACUUAGCUAUGGUGAAAUUCUUGCGGCCACUCGUAAUUUUUCUAAAGGUAUUUGUAAUGGACUUUAUAUGAUAGGGAGAGUUCUAGGAAGAGGAGCCUUGAGCUUUGUUUUUAGAGGUAAAGUGGGGUUUUUAAGGACUUCUGUGGCUAUAAAGAAAUUAGACAAGGAAGACAAGGAGUCUUCUAAGGCAUUUUGUAGAGAACUGAUGAUUGCUAGUUCUCUCCACCAUUCAAAUAUUGUUCCCCUUGUGGGUUUCUGUAUUGAUCCAGAGGAGGGUUUGUUCCUGGUGUACAAGUAUGUCUCUGGGGGUAGCUUAGAGCGCCAUUUGCAUGAGAAGAGGAAAAGAGUGAAGGGUUCUUCAGCACUAACUUGGUCUGAUAGAUAUCAAGUUGCCCUUAAAAUUGCAGAGGCAAUUGCAUACUUGCAUAAUGGAACAGAAAGAUGUGUUGUUCACAGAGACAUUAAACCCUCAAAUAUUCUCCUUUCUUCCAAAAAGACACCUAAGUUAUGUGAUUUUGGGUUAGCUACUUGGACUUCUGCACCUUCAGUUCCUUUUCUCUGCAAAACUGUCAAAGGAACAUUUGGUUACUUGGCUCCGGAGUAUUUUCAACAUGGAAAAGUAUCUGAUAAGACCGAUGUUUAUGCAUUUGGGGUGGUCCUACUGGAACUGCUCACGGGGAGAAAGCCAUAUGAAGCUGGAGGGCCACCAGGAGAAGAGAAUUUGGUCCUAUGGGCAAAACCCCUCUUACAUAAAGGAAUGGCAGCUGUUGAAGAGUUGCUUGAUCCACAGCUCAAAUGCACUUCAAAAAAUUCAACUCAGAUAUCCCGGAUGAUUCAAGCUGCAUCUGCCUGUGUAAGCAGUGAAGAGUCUCAAAGGCCAGGAAUUGAUGAAAUUGUAGCGACACUUAAAGGCGAAGAAGAAUCAAUUUACUCUACUUGGGAAAAACACAAAUUUUCCGAAUAUAUCGAUUGUUAUACACAAUUACAACAAACAAAAAGUGAAAUGAAGAGUCACUUAGCCUUGGCAAUGCUAGGAGUUCCAGAGCCUGAAGUCGAUGAUCAUCUUCAUUGUCAUGGAAACAUAACAGAAUGAACAACCAUCUAAUUUAUUUUUCUCCAUUAUUUUGUCGCUUGUUUGGAAGGAAAAGUGCUAGGGAUUUUGUAUAUAAGAAGGAAUUCUUUUAAGAAAAAGUAAUGUUAUAUGUAUCUAAUUUAGAGUACAUAAUUGGUUAACUAGAUGAUGUGUCAUCAUAUGAUUAGAUAUUAUUAUCUAUGUACCCAGUUGAAUAUUCAAAAGUGCGUGCAGAUUAGUUUA